UGCAUCCUCUCUCAAAUUCUUGCCUAAGUCUCUCUCUUUCUUUGAUCUAAUAAUAACAAAAGCUCUUUGUUCCUCUCCCCAAUCUAUAUAUAUAGCUCAAAAUCAAGAAAAUAAUAUUUUCUUGAACUUGGUUAUAAUUAUUUUUCUUGAAAUAAUAAUGGGGAGACAACCAUGUUGUGAUAAAGUUGGAUUGAAGAAAGGUCCAUGGACAGCUGAAGAAGACAAGAAACUCAUUAACUUCAUUCUCAACAAUGGCCAAUGUUGUUGGAGAGCUGUUCCUAAACUUGCAGGGCUUUUGAGGUGUGGAAAGAGUUGUAGACUAAGAUGGACAAAUUAUCUGAGACCAGAUUUAAAAAGAGGACUUUUAUCAGAAUAUGAAGAAAAAAUGGUUAUUGAUCUUCAUGCUCAACUUGGCAACAGGUGGUCCAAGAUUGCCUCUCAUUUACCAGGUCGAACUGAUAAUGAAAUAAAGAAUCAUUGGAAUACACAUAUCAAGAAGAAAUUGAAGAAAAUGGGGAUUGAUCCAGUUACUCACAAGCCACUCUCCACUAUUACUAAUGACCAAAUUACAAACAUAGAACAGCCAGAAAAUCUUCCAAUUCAACAAGAAAUAAUCUCACCUUCCUCAGUAAAUGAUGUAUCAAUUGAACAGUCUGCUAUUACAGAGAUCAAACUAGACGACGACGACAACAACAAUAACAAGAACACGGGGACAAGUUGCAUAAAUAAUAACAAUAACUUUGACUCAACUAUACUGGAAGUCAACAAUAAUGGCUUUUGUACUGAUGAAGUUCCAUUGAUUGAACCCCAUGAGAUUUUAGUCCCAUCUAAAUCAACCCCAUCAACAUCAUCAUCUUCUUCUUCAUCUUCAUCAUCCAACAUAAUUGAAGAUUUCAAGUUUUUGCCAAGUUUUGAUGACUGGCCAAUGGAAAAUAACAUGGGAUUUGGAUGGGAAAAUGAUUUCAGCAGCACAUUGGAUUUCUUGCUUAAUGAUGAUAAUGACAUGAAUAAUGUCACAUAUGAUCAUGAAUCUUGGAAGUUUGAGCAACUCUUGUGAUAUAAGUUUCGUCGCGCCGAGUUUAA